AAUUCCACACAUCACGGAUUAUCACGGACUUUUCAGAUUUUGUUAACAAAAUGAAACUUUCUAUACUUUUGAUAGUUGCCUGCUGUGCUAUAGCUUCGUGUGAACUACCCAAUGAAGGUAUUAUGAAAAUAGCUUUAGAUUGUGCAAAGGAACAAGGUGUUACUGAUAAGGAAUAUGCGGAUUUUCAUGCUGGUCUAAUUAAAGGAGCCGAUGUGAAGGAGAAUGUAAAAUGCAUGACUAAAUGCUUUUUAACUAGAAAUGGUUUUAUGGAUGAAUCUGGUAAUUUUAAGGCAGACGUUUUUGCCUCUAAAUUGGAGCAUAUGGCACCCAAACUAUUGAAUGAAAAUGUAGAGAAAUGCAUAUCAAAGCAAGCUGAAAAUUUAUGCGAGAAGGCAUUCUUAAUUUCAGAGUGCUUAAUACAACUUAAGUUAAACAUUUAAUGCAUUUUUUUCCAUUUGUUUUUACUUUAGUUGAUAUAUUAAUA